CCUACUUGGGACAAACGAGGCAAAACUAUCAUGUGCGCAGAAUCAAGUCGGAGUGCUUUGCAUACUUCGCAGAACAUGACGAUGCCGCCAGCGACAAUCGCAGCCCUCGCCGAGAGCGAAGCCUGGCCCCGCGUCGAGGCGUGGCUGCGCAAUCACGCGCUCGGCGACGUCAACGCCACAACGGGCCUCCAUCGUGCCACCGCGCUCUCGUUCGCAGUCCAGUACGGCCAAGCCGACAUUCUAGAGCAGCUUCUACUCCACGUGGACAUCGACGUCGACAAGGCCAACGACAUGGGCCGCACGCCACUGCACGAGGCAGCGAGCCGCGGCCGGUGGCCGAUUGCCAAUGCGCUCUUGCGCAGCUACGCCAAUAUCAACGCAAUCGACAAGCACGGCCGAACCCCGUUGCAUUAUGCCACCGAAGCGGACUGCGACGCUAUGGUGCGAGGGCUCUUGAAAGCCAACGCCAAUCCGCACGUCAAGGACAAGGCGGGCCGUCUGCCCAUCGAUGUGACGAUCGACGUUGCCAUGCGCAACCUCCUGCACACCGCGAUGGCCUCCGACACGGACUGUGCGCUACGCGGUGACUGGUGGGAGCUCGAGCGGCGAGCUGCAACCCAUACGCUUGCCGACGUCAACGUUGUAUUUGGCAUCCCCCGAUGGACCCUCUUAUCGUAUGCUGCGCGAGAGAACCAAGGGACGUUUGUGCAUCAUCUCUUGCGCUGUGACGGCGUCGACAUCAACAAAACCAACCGGGACGGAAUGACAGCCCUUCACGAAGCCGCACAACGCGACCACCAAGACGUCCUCGUCGCCCUCAUUGAAGCUGGGGCCAAUGCGCUACUGAAGAACAAGGAAGGCCAGUUGCCGAUCCAGCUUGCGACGAUGGACGGGCGCUUUCGCAUGUUGCUCGCCUCGGGUCUCUCGUUUGGCGAAUGCGCCCAGCGUGGCUUGUGGAGCGACGUUGCGCGGCGCGUGGACGCGCGGUCAAUCACCGACAUCAACACCCCCAUCGACGAGAAGCGGUACACGCUGCUGAGCCUCGCAGCGCGCCACGACCAACUCUCUCUCGUGCGGCGCCUCGUCGAGUACGACGGCAUCGAUCUCGAUGCGGCCAGCAUCGAUGGGCGCACAGCGUUGCACGAAGCGGCGGCAAAGAACCGCGUCGGUAUUUUGGCCUUGCUCUUGCACGCCGGUGCCAACACGCGACUGAAAACCAUGAGGGGCGAAACUCCGAGAGACAUGGCCACGGUCGAGUGCCGUCGUCUUCUCGAGGCGAUGGAGGGCAUGUUACCCCGACACCCUGUGGCCGCAGCCAAGGAUGGCCUCGCGUGUCCCCAGUGCACGUAUGCCAACGGCAUCUACGACACAAACUGCGCCAUGUGCGAGUUUGCCUUUGCAAGCAGCGCCAAGGGCCCAUGCGAUAUCGCAGCUCUCGAGGCUGAGGUCGACCGACUCCGCGAAGCGACGCUCUGCAGCAUCUGCGAAGAGCUCGUCAAAGACACGGUGUUUCUCUGCGGCCACGAAACCUGCGGCGCGUGCGCCACGCAGAUGAAGAGCUGCCCCACGUGUCGGAAGCCCAUCAACGUCCGCAUCCGCCGCUUUGUAUAACCAUCAUGUAAACCGAAUGCCAAGCACAUUGGAUGACUUUGUCGACAUAUA